AUGGUGCGCAGAGCUAUCGCCAUCCCCAAGGGGGUGAAGAAUACCUACUUGCCACCCUCAGAGCGCAAGCAGGUCUUCCUGCCCGAAUUCGUCAUCUCUCUUGUCCGAACCCCCUUCCUCACCCCCCGCUAUGCCCAAUUCCGUGUUCCCCUCAACUUCAACAAACUCGACAUGCGCGACUACCUUGAGAACCUAUACGGCGUUGGUGUCGUUAGUGUUCGCAGCUACAUUGAGCAACAGCCAAUUACCCGCAUAGCCAGGGAUGGACGCAGUCUCGGCCCGUGGCGACGUCCCCAGGCACAGAAGCGAAUGACCGUUGAGCUGCGGGAGCCCUUCAUCUUCCCCGAAGAGCCGACGGAUCUAUCACCAUGGGAGAAGGAAUCCUGGGAUACUAGUGAGAAGUGGCAACGAAAGAUGCAGAAGCAAAACCAGCAAGCAGCACAUGCGGCUCAGGAGCCGAAUACCGACCUCCGUAAGGCGUUCAAGGAGCAGGCGAAGCAGUUGAAAGAGAACAGUGCCGAGUGGCGGCCAACCUGGCAGGCAUUGGGCCUGGAUUUCGCCAAGGGUAACGCUAUCAGGGGAAAAGACAGGACGUCCGGCCACUCCAUUGUCAACACCUAA